ACCGGACAUGAACGUCUGGUGGUGACGUCACCGACAGGGCGGGGCCAACAUUCCAACGGCUGUCUACUUUUGUCUCUACGUGGAGGAGGCAGGACUGCAAACUGGACGCUGUCUGGAAUUUCAGGCGCACCGACAUCCCAUCUUUCUUUGACUGACCACCUCAGGUCAAUCACAGAAACAUGACUGGAAAGCUAACAAAAGAGGAUAUGGAGGAGAUGGAGGAGAUAUUUGGAAAAAUUGAUCUGGACAGCGAUGGAUAUAUCAAUGAUUAUGAACUUCAUGAGCUCCUUAAAGAUGCUGGCCAUUCCCUACCUGGAUACCAGGUUCGAGAGAUCAUCCAGAAACUCGAUCGCAACAAGGAUAAUAAGAUCAGCUUCGAGGAGUUUCUGUCGAUCGUCCAUGAGCUGAGGGGCACUGAAGUAGCAAAAACUUUCCGCAAGGUCAUCAACAGAAAAGAAGGCAUCCUGGCUAUCGGAGGGACGUCUGAGCUGUCAAGCGAAGGCACACAACACUCGUUCUCUGAGGAGGAGCGAUAUGCUUUUGUGAAUUGGAUCAACACUGCUCUGGAAAAAGACCCCGACUGCAAACACGUCCUGCCCAUGGAUCCCAACACAGACUCUCUCUUCAAAUCUGUCGGAGAUGGUAUAGUACUAUGCAAAAUGGUUAACUUGUCAGUGCCAGACACAAUCGAUGAGAGGGCCAUAAAUAAGAAGAAGCUGACGCCAUUUACGACACAGGAGAAUCUGAACUUGGCCCUGAACUCAGCUUCUGCUAUUGGCUGCCAUGUGGUGAACAUUGGUGCGUUAGACUUGAAAGAGGGGAAGCCCCAUUUGGUGCUGGGCCUGCUGUGGCAGAUCAUCAAGAUCGGUCUGUUUGCAGACAUCGAGCUCAGCAGAAAUGAAGCGCUGGCGGCAUUGCUGAGAGACGGGGAAACCCUGGAGGACCUGAUGAAGCUGUCCCCAGAGGAACUGCUGUUGCGGUGGGCAAACUUUCACCUGGAAAAUGCUGGCUGGCAGAAGAUCAACAACUUCAGCUCUGACAUUAAGGAUUCGAGGGCCUAUUUCCACCUCCUGAAUCAAAUCUCCCCAAAAGGCACAGAGGAAGAUCAGCCACGCAUAGACAUUAACAUGAGUGGCUUCAGUGAGAAAGACGACGUGAACAGGGCAGAGGCCAUGCUGCAGCAGGCCGACAGGCUCGGCUGUCGACAGUUUGUCACCCCAAACGAUGUGGUCAGUGGAAACCCCAAACUCAACCUUGCCUUUGUGGCCAAUCUGUUCAACAAAUAUCCAGCGCUGACCAAACCUGAGAGUGAGGACAUAGACUGGGGACUGUUGGAAGGUGAGACACGAGAAGAGAGGACAUUCAGAAACUGGAUGAACUCUCUGGGAGUCAACCCACAUGUCAAUCAUCUGUACGGGGACCUACAGGAUGCCAUGGUCAUCUUUCAACUCUAUGAGAGGAUUAAAGUUGCUGUUGACUGGAACAACAAGGUCAACAAGCCGCCUUACCCCAAGCUGGGAACCAACAUGAAGAAGCUGGAGAAUUGCAACUAUGCAGUGGAACUGGGAAAAUCAGCCAAGUUCUCCCUGGUUGGCAUCGGCGGGCAGGACCUGAACGAUGGCAAUGCUACCCUGACUCUGGCACUGGUGUGGCAGCUGAUGAGAAGAUAUACAUUGAAUGUACUGGAGGAGCUGGGUGAUGGACAGAAAGUAAAUGAUGACAUCAUCGUAAGAUGGGUGAACAAAACGUUGGCAGAAGCUGGAAAGUCAACAAAGAUUUCAAGCUUUAAGGACAAAGAGAUCAGCAGCAGUUUGGCAGUAGUGGAACUGAUAGACGCCAUCCAGCCCGGCAGCAUCGACUACGAUCUGAUAAAGACCGGCAGCCUCUCUGAAGACGACAAGCUGGAGAACGCCAAGUACGCCAUCUCCAUGGCGAGGAAGAUCGGAGCCCGCGUCUACGCUCUGCCAGAAGACCUUGUGGAGGUCAAGCCCAAAAUGGUGAUGACAGUCUUUGCCUGCUUGAUGGGUCGGGGGAUGAACCGAGCCUAAGAGACUGGCUGGGAUCUUUGUGGCACUUACAUAAAUACACAAGCCAUUAGCAUUUUGAAGAGCUGCCCCAAAUGAAGAAGAAGCGUUUCUUUUUUUUUUUUUCUUUUUUUUUUUUUUUUUGAAUGAGAACAACAUGCUGUCAGAAUCAGAAAUACACAUGCACCCCCACCUCUUUCGAGGUGUUACUGAGAAAUAAUGUGCUCUUAUUUAAAGUGAAUCCACAACACUAAAAUUUCUAAAGAGAUGGGUCUCGUGUUACAGUGGACAACUUUGUUACUUUCAAUAUUCAGAACUCUUAAUUAUGUGUAAGGAUGCUGUCUUUUAAAGCAAACAUUCAGUUUUCCAGCUGCAAGGUUGUUUACAUAUUUUUACUCGGACUGAUAAGUAAAUUAUAUCCUUGACGAAGCUACACACAUUCCUGAAUACCAUACUUAUGAAUAAAUGCUUGGCAAGGCAAAAAAAAAAAAAGUCAGAGA